AUGGCGACGUCGUCUAUGCGCAUUGCCUGUGGCGGAAACAACCGUUUCACCGCCGGGGUCGGUAUUCAUAAAAGGUGUGAUAUCUGUUCUGUCGGGAUUGGUGAUUGGACUCGAUCAACGGUGAGGAAGGGGAGGAUCUCGGCGGUGGCGACGGCGAGCGGACAUGAGAAUGGUUUGAUUAUGGAACAAAAGAGGAAGCGUGGGGGAGGAAAGAGCGACGCUGUUCAGGCUCAGGAGAGGCUUGAUCGGUGGAUGAGAGAAUCGGUGGUGGAUAUUGUGAAGAAUUUGAAGGACGCACCGUUGCUGGUACAGGUUUAUUCAAAGAGGAAAAGCGAAACAGUGACGAUAGCGACGGAGAAGGCGGUUAUGGAGGAGGAUUGGGAGGUGGUGAAGGAGAGAUGGGAGGCGGGAGAGAGUCCGAUGCCGGAUGGAGUUAUAUUCGUGGAGGAGUUAGGUGAAGAUGAGGCGGCGGAGGAAGACGGUGGAAGGGGAUUGCAAGAAAGGACAACGAAGGUGUGGGGGAUAGUGGUUCAAGGGAAAGGUGUUGGGUGUGGGCCGGUUUGUUAUUUGCUGAAAACGAGCCGGGUCGGAGCAGGACCCGGUUCGGGAAUGAGUGUUUUCUCGACCCACUUUUGUUUGGUUAGAGUGAAGAGUUUCAGAGAAACUGCACAGUCUCAACUUAAAAAUAGUUGGCUUUUACAGAGUCAAUGGCUUCAAUGA